AUGUCCACGCUGCGCGCCUUGCCGACCGUCCUCUUCUUCCUCGUCCUCGCCUCGUUCCUCCCACACGCGAAGGCCGUGUACAUCAACUUCGAGAACUGCCUGACGCCGCUUACCCUCGACGGGAACGUACCGUAUCUCAAAUUCACGCCCAUGUAUGUAUGGGCAGCGUUCGACACCCACAACCCCACACACAACUUGAACGUCACGAUCUAUGGGAAUGUAUCAGGCCAGUCUAAUAGGGGUACAUUACCUCCUUCCACAGACACAGACGCCUGGAAUGACCCCAACAGCACUAGUACACUGUUUGGAAAAAUCGAAGAUGUCGACAAGGCUUCCAACCUCUACACGACACUGUUCUCAGACUUCAGGACGCUCACUUACUCGUCGUGGACUCCAAAGGGUGUACAGUUCUGCGCGAACACUUUCAAUAACUCGGUGUCAGACUGUCCUAUAGGACCAGCUUUCAACGCCAAUGCCAGCGAUCCAGAGACUCUGCCAGGCUUCACCAUAGCGCACGACUUCCACAGCACCUAUGCUUUCUCCACAUGGGCCUCUGAGUUGCGCAUCGUGUCAGGCAGUGUGCAGGCAUACACCCUCGGUUGUGUAUCUGCGAACAUCACUCCGGAUUUGGGCAAGCGGCUUUCAGAUGCGUUCUGCUACUUUCCGAUGGCUGUGCUUAUACUUGUGGGCGUUGCGACUGUCUUUGCAGCCACCUGCAGUCCGUGGGGAACGUCAAACAUCUUCCAUUGGACUAGCAAUUACGGUCGUGACGAGGACCUUCUGCGUCUUGUCACCCCAGGCUUCGGUGAUUGUCUGCAGUACAUUCAGUUCGUCGUCUUGGCAGGCAGUCUUAGCCUGAACUAUCCUGGCUUUUUCCAACCGGUAAUUAGCCAGGCUAGCUGGUCUGUUCUCCUGUUCAAUGAGAGCUUUGUGAGCAAGGGCAAUGGUUCGCAAAGCCUCAACGACGGUAUCUACAUUGUCAACGGCACCUACGGACUGACUCGACUUGGACAAUAUGUAGGUAUGACUAGAGAGCGAGACAUGUGGGCUUGCAUGGCCAUCUUUCUCCUCGUCCUUAUUGCCAUUGUCAUCGUAAUUACACAGCUUGGCUUCGUCGGACGAUGGCUGAUGCGAAUGAUUGCCAACAACAACGACGGCGACCUCACCGGCAAGAACUGGUCAUUCACUGCCGGUCAUGUUGUUCGCAUCGUGUUCAACUACUUUAUGCUUCCAAUCAUUGCACUUUCGUUAUUCCAGAUGGUUACAGCACCGCGAUCGUCCGGAUCUGUUGUUGGCGCCGCCGUGGUGCUUCUCAUUGGCGUCAUGGGAAUUGCGUUCUGGAUCUUCUGGCUGAUUUUUACGACACGGCCGCGCGCUCAUCUUUUCGACGAUCUACCAACUGUGUUGACAUAUGGACCUCUGUACAACACAUACUCGGAUGACGCCGCACCAUUUGCCUUCAUUCCUGUAUUGCUAACCAUCAUACGUGGCAUUGCCAUUGGGGCCAUUCAGCCCUCUGGCAUUGCCCAACUUAUCAUGCUCGCUAUCUGCGAGGUAAUUCUAAUCCUAACGCUUCACGCUUUCCGGCCCUUCCAGUCGAACACAUCAAUGAACGCCUACCAUACUUUCUUCUCGGUUGUUCGGCUUACUUGCGUUCUCCUUUCGGUCGCCUUCGUACCUUCUCUCGGUGUUGCCGAGUCCUCGAAAGGCUGGAUCGGAUACGCGAUUCUACUUCUGCACGCCAUUGUGCUGGUAUUUGGCUUCUUUCUCAAUUCCCUGCAGACGAUUGUUGAGGUCAUCGCACGAUUAUCGGGCGCCGGCGCGGAUACCAGAGGUGGCCUUAGCAAGGUCUUUGGCAAACGCCAGCUCUCGAAACGAGUGAAUCACCGGCCGCAACGCAGCAGCCUGAACUCAAAUGCAGCGAUGCUUGCUGCUGAUGAGAGUAAGAACACGCAGCUUAUGAACAGUCGGUCGCGUAGUAUGUCUGCCAGCUCCGGCGUGUUACUGAACCAGCCGUACGACCUAGACGAGCGCCGUCGAAGCGGAGGGUUUGACUUCAGCGAAGGCAACAGUCCUGGCACGCCGGGAGUCAAUGCAAUGCCAUUCAACUUCCUCGGCGGUGGAUCCGGGCAGAGCUCCCGAAGACCGACAAUGGGCCCAGCAUUGGACGCAGCAGAUCCUUACUACAGACCACCCCGCGUACGUACGAACACUAUGGACUCGGUCGGCCCUGGCACACGUGGUCGAGGACCACAGCCACCAGGGAGCGCAGACAUUGUCGAUGGGCCGCCGUACUCAGAUCAGAUGGACAUUGAAGCUGCUAACGACGUCGGCGAGGGUCCUUCACGAGCGUCGCCAGCAUACUUGCGCAUGAACCGCGAGAACGACUCGGAUCCGAAUCUCGAACGUCGCAACAACACCGACUACUCGGUACGAGAGUCUGAUUUCUACUAUGGUCUACGAGGACCCGCUCUGUCAUCACAGCCCAGCCGAAAGUUGAAGACGGGACCUGCUGAUCCGAUGAGUCCGGUAUCAUCUGCUACAGGGUGGUUCAAGAGUCUGAACUUGAUGGGCGGCGGUCGCAAGAAGGAGAAGAGCAAGGGUUUCGAGGUGGUGAGGAGUACCAGAAUGCCACCGCAGAUGAUGGCGGUAGCAGAACAAGAAGAGCAUGAUGGCGAGGCAUCGCCACGACGGGUGCAAGAACCCUACCGCGAUGAUCCUGAUUCGCCGGAAUCCAAGAAGAGCCAAAAGAGUGGACCACGAAGCGUAGCGCCGGCUGGAGUGCUUGCGGGUGAGAGCAGAAGAUCGCGGUCAAGCGACAGCGAGUCUGACUUUAGCAACGAAGACUCUUCCGCAUACGACCCGUCAAACAGAGUAUCUGCGAUUCCGCCUAUGCUAGGGCCCAUCGAGACGGGCGGCGGUAUCGAGCUUCCCAGUAGAGCUGGGUCGCGCAUAUCUCGCAGGUCGACGCGCGGACCAGGGCGUGUUGGUGCACCAUCGAUACCGAGAAGGAGCUCCAGACGAACAGCAUCGACGGAAGCUGCGAUUCUCGAAAACCAGUCCCGGUUGUCAACGAUAAUGGACGGGAGCCCCGCUAUGCCGCAGAGCAACCAUCAUCUUCAACCCAUGGGUGGGGCAUUGCCGUACCGAUUGCCAUUUGGGUCCUCGGAGCCUUCACCUGAGCGAUCACCAGGUCACUCGGCAGCAUCGAGUGUGUGGCGACAGUCGCUCGCACCACCACCGUCCCUAGGCGGUCACGGAACAGUGAGCACUGGGUACGUGCAGGGCCACAGGACGCAAGACAGCUUCCACAGCGAUGGCUAUGACGGUGCCGACAUCGAAGCCAGGGCCGAGAUCGUCGACCGAAGUCUAAGCGGCAGCACACACAUGAGCGGACGGAGCCGAAGGUCGAGGCAGCUCUGA